AGUGUGCCAAGACCAAAACUAAAACUUAAAAAAUAUAAUGUCAUUAACUUGACGUUAGUGUAGCCCAACUAUCGACACUUUUAGUAUCGAAAAAAGUCCAAUAUUAACACUUUCUUGAUCGCUCCGAAAAUCAAAUCCGUUAAUGGAGCGAAGUGUGUAUGAAAACCCCGGAGCAAAGGCAUUUCAAAUUGACAGUGCCAAUAGUUUAUGGAGGCUGCUGGAAAUGCUGGAAUACACUCAUGUAACUAAUGCUAUUUAAACUUGGGAGGUUUGCAAACUUGUGUAAACCAGCUGUAAGGUAUUAUUGUUCAGUCAAAGUAUCAAAAAUGUCGGCUGAAAUAAGUGCUGGUGUUCCUUUGAAUAAAGUGGUGACUGCACUGGAAGAAUUUGCCCCCAAGCAGCUAGCAGAAGGAUGGGAUAAUACUGGUUUACUUGUUGAGCCAUACACAGCAAAGAAUAUAACAAAAAUCAUGCUCACAAAUGAUUUGACAGAGGAUGUAGCCAUAGAGGCUGAUGCAAAUGGAUGUGAAAUGAUUGUAUCUUAUCACCCGCCCAUAUUUGCGCCUAUGAAAUCGGUCGUCCAAAGGUCCUGGAAGGAGCGAGUGGUAUCACUUUUGUUAGAAAAACGAAUUUCCCUUUACUCACCUCAUACUAGCUGGGAUUGCGUUAGGGGCGGCGUGAACGAUUGGUUGGCAUCUGCAUUCGUCUUCCAAGAGUCGGUUCCUAUUACACCAGGGGCUGACCCUAAUACAGGAGCUGGAAGACUUUUGAAGCUUAGCAGUGGGAUUUCCUUACAACAAGCAGUAUCCAGUGUGAAACAACUCACUGGUCUCCAACAUGUACGCGUAGCUGUUGCUAAAGGCAAAACCAUGGAAGAUACCAUAUCGAAGAUUGGACUAUGCGCUGGCUCUGGCGGCUCGGUGCUCAAAGGCGUCAGUGCUGAUCUUUAUUUAACAGGUGAAAUGCUCCAUCAUGACGUCCUGGAUGCUGCUCAAAAGGGAAUUUCAGUUAUUUUAACAAACCAUUCCGAUUCAGAGAGAGGAUUUCUACGGGUAUAUUCAUCAUAUCUUGAGAAAAGACUUGAAAAUCAAGUUCAAGUGUUUGUAAGCAAGCUUGAUAAGGAUCCCUUAACAACUGUUUAAAUAUGUAAUUUAUUAUGUUUAAGUAAUAAAAUACUUGAAGUAGUUUGUAAAUAUUUUAUUGGUUCUUAGUAUUGAUACCUUAAUCUUACCACAAAGUAUUGUUAUACAUUUUGUUAGGCUCAUAUUAAAUUAAUGAUUUAAAUAUUGACAUGGUGAGAUCAUGGUUAUUUUGUUCUGAUAAAACAUGCACACAUUCACA